CAGAAUACAAAAGAGUGCGAGAGCUGGAAGUCGGGAGAGUUCGUGUUCGAUGGUUUACAGGAUAGAUGUACAUUAAAAUGAUGUAUAUAAACCAUGUGAUACAGAUGCAAGAAUUAGAUGACAUUCCCAAAAGCAGGAUUCGUCUGCUUGUGAGCAUAUAGAUGGCAGGCAAAUAUGAACAGCUUCAUGACCACUGAUCGUACCAAAAUACUGAGCACCUCCUAUUUGUCUGGGUUUUCCUGUAUCAUAUACUGGGGGUGCAACCACGAAGGAAAGAGACUGACUCUAUCUGCUCCUCGUGCAACUGUUCAACUGAGCUCAACAGAUUCGUGCACGUUGACUGCUCCGGUACCCCACUUGCUCGUAUCUCAUUGUCCAACCUUCCCAAUAACACCAUUAGUUCAAAUAUUCAUUCUUUACAUCGUUUUUCUCUCACCCAGCACAUUUCUGUAAUUGAUUUGUCUCAUAAUCAUUUACGUAUUAUACCUCCGUCACUCAGCAACACUGAUAAUUUUAAAGGACAUUUGACCCUUUUGAACCUUUCACACAACUUUAUUAGAAGUGGACAUUUUUCAAAUCUUCCACGUUCUUGUUAUAUUGACUUGUCGGGUAAUAGUUUAUUUUACAAAAGCAUUGUUCAGAAACACAGCUCAAGGCCUAGUAAACAUAUGUCUCCAAAUAAACGCAAGCAAACUGAUGAACAAGAAUGUGGGAAUGUAACGUUUAUUCUUGAUGGCAUUAAUGAAUGGGAACAUGUUACACUGCAAAAGCGGUUUUUCCAUCGUCAUAUAUUUCACGACAUCACCCACUUAUCCCUCGAGAGCAACAACAUCAUUGCGAUCGAGAGUGAUCUCACAAGUCAUCUUCCGAAUUUGAAAUGGUUAUCGUUAUCCAACAAUUACAUAGCUAACGUAUGUUGGGGAUUAUUGAAUGAACUAUCAUCUGCGCCUUUGUUACGGGAGUUGGACGUCUCUCAACAGCGGAUCCAAAUUGACCAGAGUAACAAAAAGAACGACUCACAAGACUAUAUUUCCGACAUAGAUUCUCUUUCUGGUAGACCCUUGCCUCUUGGUUGUUUCAAACACAUAAAGAGGCUUAUUAGUUCACAUAAUGGUAUCGUUGAAUUAGUUUGGGAUCCCCUUAGUGACGCAGAUCGUCCAAAAUAUGAAGAUAAAGUUGAUUCAAAGGAGAUAAUAUACAUAGAUGUAUCAAACAACAACAUCAGUCAUAUAGGACUGGAUGCAAUCGCUCAUUUCAAUCCAAAACUGCCCCUCUUACAACCACCGCCAUUUCUCAAUCUAUCGCAUAAUGUUAUUCUGAUCAGAGUAUUGACAAUAUUGUGCCAUUCAUUGAGGGAUCUGUAUAUGGCCUGUCUUUGGAUUUUAGUCAUAAUCCCAUUGAGACAAAUUGUGAAUUAG